CGCCACUUCUCUUCCUCAAGCAGCCUCAACUUCCUCAAAUCCACUUCACACUUCACCCAUCGCUGUACCUCCGCCAAAAUGUCCGAGAGAAAGGUCUUGACCAAGUACUACCCUCCCGACUUUGACCCGUCGGCGAUCGGGCGCACCCCCAAGCAUCUGCGCCAGAAGGGUCCCAAGGUCAUCACGGUCCGACUGAUGGCCCCGUUUCCAAUGAAAUGCACCAACUGCGGCGAGUACAUCUAUCGUGGGCGCAAGUUCAACGCGCGAAAGCAGACCCUCGAGGAGAAAUAUCUCAAUAUUCCGAUCUAUCGAUUCUUCAUUCGCUGCACCCGAUGCAGUGGUGAGAUUACCUUUCGUACAGACCCAAAGAACAUGGACUAUGAGUGUGAGAAAGGAGCCAAGCGAAACUUUGAGCCCUGGCGAGAUGGCAAGUCUGGAAAAUACAAUGAAACCGAGGAGGAGACGCUGGAUCGACUUGAGCGCGAGGAAAAUGAACAAGAGGAACAGCUGGAGCGAGAUAAGAUGGCUGAGCUGGAGGAGAAGAUGCAAGACUCGAAGCGGGAGAUGGCCAUCGCCGAUGCGCUCGAUGAGAUCCGGACAAGAAACGCGCGCAUUGCCCGAAACGAGGGUUUGGAGGACGAGGUCGCCUUGGAUCUCAUCCACAACGAGGUGGAUGAGGCGAAGUUACGGGAAGAACAGGAGGACGAGGAAGCCGCACGGAGGGCCUUUAUGACUGCCACCGGCGAGAGAGUCAAGCGCGUUGUGGAUGAGGAGGAACUACCGGUGCCAGGGCCCUCGCAGGCAAAGACUGCCACGACCUCGAUGCCGCCGCCGUCGACAUCUUUCGCCCGAGUUAAAAAGGCGAAGAAGCCCGGUCUCACCAGCCUUGGUAUCAAGAAGAAGCCAUCUCUGGUCUAAUAUGCGUCAUAUUUUCUGCAUUUCUUUCAGCAUUGCAAGCGCUGGCGUUUUUCAUGAGAUAGUGACAGGAUACCAUGGAUUACAACUCAAUUUUACUACUCCAC